UGUUUUAUAGAGCCUACAUAUAAUAUGAUUAGCAAGGCAGCUAGCCAUUUCACACUGUAAAUAGUAGUUUUGACGGCUGACUCAACAGCAACACUUGGAAACUAUGGCAGAAAGCGACUGGGAUACAGUGACUGUCUUGAGGAAGAAGGGUCCUUCUUCAGCACAGGCUAAAUCAAAGCAGGCUGUCAUCUCUGCCCAGAGACGUGGAGAAGAGGUGGAAACCUCCAAGAAAUGGGCGGCAGGACAGAAUAAGCAGCAUUUGGUGACUAAGAACACAGCAAAACUGGACAGGGAGACGGAGGAGCUGCACCAUGAAAGAGUGCCAUUGGAGGUGGGCAAGGUGAUCCAGCAAGGCCGACAGAACAAAGGAAUGACUCAGAAAGACCUCGCUACUAAAAUUAACGAGAAGCCUCAGGUCAUUGCUGACUACGAAAGUGGAAAAGCAAUACCCAACAACCAGAUUAUGGGCAAGAUAGAGAGAGCCAUUGGACUGAAACUGCGUGGUAAAGAUAUUGGAGAACCACUGGAGGCCAAAUCCAUGAAGAAAUGAGAACAAAGCCUCGAAAUCAGCCCCUCCCUGUUUCUCCUUAGUCAGUUGUCCCACACCCUGAGAACAGCCCCUCCCUGUUUCUUACUCCCUGCUCAGGUGUCCUACACCCCAAGGACCUGAUUUAUGCUUGUCCCACAAAACUUGAGUGUCGAGGCAUAUCACCUGAAUUACAUUAAUGCAAACAGAAAACAAGUUGCAUUUGCUAUCACUUGGAUGCAGCAAUAUUGUGUGUAUGCAAGUUUCUGAAGCUCCACUGAGUGACAUGUAUAUUAACUGCUGACAGUACCAGUGUAGGAUAAUGACUGAUCACUUAGUAAAUACAGAAACAUUCUAUUUGAAAGAUGCUGAACAAGACUAAAUUUACUGAUGAAUAUUGUGCACUGCCUCCUGUUGUUUUGGAGUAGAAAGAGGCACCAUGUAUAAUAACUAGCCUGAAUACUUCAGGUGGCGUGCUUGCCAUUAGAGAACCCAGGCCCUUGGUUGCGCAGAAUGCAUAAAUCAGCCUUACCUGAUUAAAUAACUAACACUUUUGAACCCUUUGACCAUCCCCUGCUCCACUUCCCUUUCCCUGGGCUGAUCUCAUUUGGGUCUUGCUUUAGGACCUGGUGCUUAACUGCUUUUAGAAGCUGCAUUAUUAAAAUGUCAAUCAGAACAGCUAUUCAAAAUAACAGAAUGACACAGUUGCAAGACUUGAUUCCUGAGUGCUGUAAGGCCUCUGGUAAGUUAUUAGCAUUAAACCUGGUUUUCUUUUGGAGGUGGUCAUUAACAAAUGUAAUUUCGAAUGAUGUAAUAAAGUUAUGUAAAACAACAUGUAAUCUGAUUUUGGUAUUACUCCAUUAAAGUGGUGUUAUUUUAAGAUGUUUUCCUUACUCUGGCAAUGAAGAGCAAGUCAUCUUGAGGCAGCAGGUUAAAAUUGUUCAGUUGCCAGUUCGAUGCACAAUGUAGGGAGCACUACAAAAAAACAGCAGUUGUCUGCUACUGAUUUGAAAUUCCUUUGCCACAGAAGGAUGUUUUAAUAUUUAUUAAAUACCUAAAAAUCAAAAGUGGUACAGCUCUUUGCAUGAGCAGUUUCAGAUAUAAAGUGACUUUUUUUCUUUUGAGAGAAAUCUCAAUGUCAUAUCAGAGGAAAAACUUCAUUACUCCAAAUUGCUGAUUGAGGUUAUGGCUAACAUGUAAAAAUAAACAAAAUUGUAUAGGCAAUCUAUUGAUUUUCUUGUGAUGAAGACAAUUCAG